GCGCAGACGUGGGGAGCAGCUCCCAGCCUGCUCUGAGGUCCGUCCCCAGUGUCCGUCAUCCCUGUGCAAUCGCUUCCCGGAGUAGACCAGGCUGCGGGCUAGGGGCGAAUGGGCGGCGAGCCUAAGGAGGCACAGGCCUGCCCUGCCCGAAGGUCUGUGCUUCUGUGUCCACUUCCAGGUCUUUGCAAGGCUAGAAAAGGAAAAUCCCAGUCGGGAAAGAAGUGGGAAUUUUAAAAUGGAAAAAAACUACUCUGAAAAUGAAGGAAAGUGUGAGAACAAAGGGAAGAUGGAACUUGUACAAAGGCCAGUGUCUGUGAUAAGGAAAGUAAGAGUUUGCACUCGAGACGACAUGGAGACAUUAAAAAAUGAGAGAAAGACAGAAAAUGAUGAAAUACUAAUGGAAAAGGAAAAGGUAGACUAUGAGGCAAAACAAAGACAACAAAUGCCAGAAGGUGAGAGAAAAUCAGAGAAUAAAGAAGAAACAACUGAAGAAAGGCCAACCAAUGAACCAAGGGCUGCAGAAAAGCGUCCAUCUGAGGAUGAUGUACCCAGGAAAGUCAAAAGGAAAACCAAGGGACUGUCUCAGUGCCUCAAAGAACAUAAGGAGGCCAUACAUAAUAAGCAUUUGAGCAAUGAGGAGAUGAUAAAAGAAUUUGAUAAGAUGGCUUGGGUGGAGGAUGAAGUGAAGAAAACCAGACUGAAAUUGGGGAGAUUUAUGUGUAUGCAUAAAACGUCAGAGGAUACCUCUGGGUCAUGGGGUCCAAAUGAAAACAGGGGUGACUGCAUGGCCCCACAAAGGGGCUUUGAAGAUACUUCUUUUAUGUAGUGUCCUUGCUAAGUUUUUGUCAGAGACUUUGCUUAACAUUUGAUUUGUUUAAACUGUGAUGCCUUUUGAUUUGCAAUAAUGUUAAUGAUGGUUUCCUAUGCAACUAAAUUCAGCAUCACAUCAUUUGCAAUUGUACCUACCUACAUCCUCUAAGGACCCCAAUGUCCCAUUCCUUCAACCCAUCCCUUCAACUCAAUUAUAUAGACCCUUCUUUCAGUUGUGUUGCCUUUCCAAGCCAUUUGCUUUACGCUUAUUCUGAUACAUUGCUUUAGGUGUCACUCUUAUUUUCAGUAGCUUUUGACCAAGUCAGUAUUCUAUCAGCUUAUGUUUUUACCCGUGUGAACUACAAUAAAUAUGAACGUUUGGAAAAUAAAGCAGUUUAUAAUAUCUGUA